UCGUCCCCCACCGCCCCCCGGGGGCCGGCAGCCGCCCCGAGCAGCCCGGCGGGCAGCGGCCGCGGCAGGAUCCGGCCGGGGGUCCCCACGCCGCGGGAGCAGCCCCCCGGGGGGAUGCCGUGCCGUGCCGUCCCUCUCCCGGGGUCUCCGCCACCUCUCCCUCUCCGUCUCUGCCACCUCGCUGGGUGCUCCCAUAGGUUCGCCUGCGAAGCUGAUGAGGAAAUAAGGCGGCGUCACAUGCGCCCUCCUGACAGUUCGCCCCUGCGAAUGUGGCUGGUGCGGUGAGGAGCACGGCGCUGGCAGCCAGGCACCGCGGCCGCGCCGAGCCAGGGGCCGCCAAGGGCAGGGGCCCGGCCGCCCCCGGGGAGCCAUGUUCUCCCGGAAGAAGCGGGAGUUGAUGAAAACCCCCUCCAUCUCCAAGAAGAGCCGGGCGGGAAGCCCUGUCCCGCAGACCCUGCCGGACCUCUCCCGGAAGGAUUGCCUGGAGGCACCCAGCUCCGGCCUGGGGGAGCUGCCCCCCGCCAGCUGCAAGCUCAGCACCAGCCCCAGCACCGUGGGCACCAUCAAGCGCCCCACCAGCCUCAGCCGCCAUGCCAGCGCUGCCGGCUUCCCUCUCACUGCGGCGGGCCCCAGGGCCGUGCCCAAGGGCCACAGGACCCCCACAUCCUACAGCCCCAUGGAUGGCGGAGAGGGCCCUUUCAUUGACACGGAGGACAUCUCCCAGCUGCUGACGGACGUGGCCCGCUUCGCCGAUGCCCUGGAGAACCUGCGGGACGUGGUGCUGCGCGAUGACCCCAAGGAGGCCCAGCGGCCACUGGCCCACGAGUGCCUUGGUGAAACCCUGCGCAUCCUGCGCCAGGUCAUCAACAAGUACCCGCUGCUCAACACCCUGGAGACCCUGACGGCCGCCGGAACCCUCAUCUCCAAAGUCAAGGGUUUCCAUUACGAAUCCAACAAUGAGACAGACAAGCGGGAGUUUGAGAAGGCCGUGGAGACCAUCGCAGUGUCCUUCAGCAGCACCGUGUCCGAGUUCCUCAUGGGGGAGGUGGACAGCAGCACCAUCCUCUCCAUCCCACCCAGUGACCAGAACCAGUCUAUGGAGAGCCUCUACGGGGGGAUCCCUGGGCCUGGAGGAGACGGCAUGCCUUCGGGCAUGGAAAGCUAUGACACAGGCCGUCCUCCUGCUGAGGAAGUGGACGUGAUGCUGCAGCGCUGCGAGGGGGGGGUAGACGCCGCCCUCCAGUACACCAAGAACAUCUCCAAGUACAUGAAGGACCUCAUCGGAUACCUGGAGAAAAGGACCACGCUGGAGAUGGAGUUUGCCAAAGGGCUUCAGAAGAUGGCAAACAGCUGCAAGCAGACCAUCAGUCAGGAGACCAACAUGCCUUUCCUGUCCAUCUACCUGCUGGCCCUGGAGCAGGAUAUGGAGCACGGGACGUCGGUUCUGCAGGCUGCCAACACGCUGCAGCACCAGACCUUCCUCCAGCCGCUGACAGUGAGACGCCUUGAACAUGAAAAACGGAGGAAGGAGAUCAAGGAGCAGUGGCACCGGGCGCAGAGGAAACUGCAAGAGGCAGAGGUCAACCUGCGCAAGGCCAAGCAGAUAUACAUGCAGCGCAGCGAGGAGCACGACAAGGCCAAGUACAUGGCAGUGAAAGCGGAAGAAGAGCAGCAGAACACCACCAGCAGCAUCACCACCAAAACCCUGGACAAGAAGAGGCGGCUGGAAGAGGAAGCCAAGAACAAGGCAGAAGAGGCGAUGGCCACGUAUCGGACCUGUGUGGCGGAUGCAAAUACCCAGAAGCAGGAGUUGGAGGAUACCAAGGUGAACUCCUUGCGGCAGAUCCAUGAAGUGAUCAAACAGAGCGACCAGGUCAUCAAGACGGCCACCAUCUCCUUCUACCAGAUCAUGCACAUGCAGACGGCUCCACUGCCCGUCAACUUCCAGACACUGUGCGAGAGCAGCAAGCUCUACGACCCCGGGCAGCAAUACGCCUCUCACGUCAGGCAGCUGCAGCGCGGAGAUGAACCCGACAUCCAGUAUGACUUUGAGCCCUACGUGUCGCACAACGCCUGGUCCCCCUUUACUCGGACACGGAAAGGCAGCUUCAAUGCCAAUGACUUCUCAAUGAGCGCCGGCGCUGACGGGGCCGGGCUGCCCAAGGACGGGGCCGUCUCCGAAGGAGGGGCAGGAGCCAAGGAGCAGCAGAGCGGGGCCGUGGCGGCCGAGCGGAGAGGUGGGAGGGGACACCAGGUCCACAAAUCCUGGCCAACCUCCGUUACUGAAGUUGACAGCAGCCUGGAUUCCAACGCAGGUGAAUUCAGCCAAAAACUCCAGCGGUUGUCUUCCAAUGGCACCAUGUCCUCCAGCGAAGAGCUGGAGGAGAAGGAUGAGAACGCCACCCCCUUCGAGCAGAGCAUCAACGGCAUCACCCCAGAGAUGACGGCUCCAACGGGGCCCUUCCGAAACGUUGGCUUAUCCAAGGCCGCCCAGACUCAUCGGCUGAGGAAGCUCCGCACCCCUUCCAAGUGUCGGGAGUGCAACAGCUACGUUUACUUCCAGGGAGCAGAAUGCGAGGAGUGCUACCUGGCCUGCCACAAGAAGUGUCUGGAAACCUUGGCCAUCCAGUGUGGGCACAAGAAACUCCAAGGGAAGCUGCAGCUUUUUGGGCAAGACUUCACAAAGGCUUCUCAGAGUAGCUCAGAUGGCAUCCCCUUCAUCAUCAAGAAAUGCAUUUCAGAGAUUGAGAAGCGGGCACUGAAAACCAAGGGCAUCUACCGAGUUAACGGUGUCAAGACCCGCGUGGAGAAGCUUUGCCAGGCGUUUGAGAACGGGAAGGAGCUGGUGGAGCUGUCCCAGGCCUCCCCCCAUGAUAUCAGUAACGUCUUGAAGCUCUACCUGAGACAGCUGCCGGAGCCCAUUAUGCCCUUCCGCAUGUACAACGAGCUGAUGGGGCUGGCCAAGGAGAGCUUACAGGGCGGCGAGGCCAAGGGCAAGAGUGGGAAAGGGGGCCCUGAGCUGGUGGACAAAGGAGCCGACACGGACAAGGUGGUGGUGAACCUGGUGCUGAAGCUGAAGGAGUUGCUGAAGGAGCUUCCCUGCGAGAACAUGGCCACGUUGCAGUACCUCCUGCAGCACCUGAGAAGGAUCGUGGAAGUGGAACAAGACAACAAGAUGACCUCAAGCAACCUGGGCAUCGUCUUUGGGCCAACGCUGAUGCGCCCAAGGCCCACGGAUGCCACUAUUUCCUUGUCCUCACUGGUUGAUUAUCCCCACCAAGCUCGCAUCAUCGAGGCGCUGAUCAUCUUCUAUUCGACCAUCUUUGAGAACAAGGAGACCAUGGUGCUGGCCACAGGCGGCACGGAGGAGGCAGCCAGCUCCUCUGACCUGGCCAACGCAGGCUCCCAGCCCACAGCUCCUCCCGGCAGCGUCCCCUACCUGGAGCUGCCUUCGGAGAAGGGCAAUUUGCAUUACGGCGCCGAUUCGUUCGCAGAGUCUGGCGACCGUUCUGUUGACUCCGACUCCGAGCUGGAGGACAACGGGGAGCUGCCGGCCGCCGCAGACGGGAGCCCGCGCACCCAGCUAACCAAACAAGAGAGCGAGACCAGCACAGACGAAGCUCAGUUCUGCGACGAUGGGAGCGACGGGCAGCGGAGCCGGAGCUGCAGCGUGGGCCAGUCGGACACGGAGGGUGCCGUUCCCCGCUGCCGCAGCCCCCUGGGAGAAGAGCAAAGCGAUGCAGAAGAAUACCCCGAGAGUCGCCUUUCUGCUGCCGACACGGACUACAACACGAAUCAGUCCAACAACGUAUCCACGCUUGCUGCUGCCCGGCAUCUGGCAGCCAGGUGCCAAGACGGCUGCGAGCAGCAGCCCCGGUUUAUCUAAGCCACCGAACAAAACCACCGCGGAUGCUGGGACGGGGUGAAGGGACAAAACCCAGAAACUACCCGGGCGUAGUGACUCACAAAGCUGCAAUGUUGAGGGGUGGGGAGGGACAGCACAGGGCCACGGGCAGCUCAGGGGGGUUUGGUGUGUCAGCUGCAGGCAAGUCCUCGCUGUUUCGUGGCUGGAGCUUUCACACAAAACCCCCGAGCCCCUGGGUUCCCAAUGGGGAAAAAUUAGGUCAGUCUGCCUCGACUGCUGGGAGCCCCUGCCCGGUCCGGCAGCCACAAAGCACGUUUCUUGGAAAGGAGCUGAAGCAGGGCAGACCCUUUGCUUGCUGUUCAGGACUGGGAAGGAACCCAGGGCUUUGCCGUGCCCACGCCAGGUCACAGGCUUAAUUUUUGCUACGCUCCCUAAUCCUACGUCUCUGCUGCAAAAAUCAAGAUAGAGGAGUCUAAGGAUCCGAUUGUCCUCGCUGGCUGCGGCUGUCAGGAGGUGACGCAGGGAGGGUUCCCCACGCCAGGCAGGAGAAGGGCUCUGCAGCUGGGCACGGACGGACAGACAAUGCCGAGCACCAUGUGCGCAGGCUGGCUCUGCCGGCCUGGGGAACGGCUCACCGGGAAGGGACAGCAUGGUGCUGGGUUCGGCGUAGCUGGGUAGAAGCCACCUGCAGCAUCUUGCAGAGAGCCGGCCUCAGCUUCAGGGCUGCGGCUGCAUCGUUUGCCAGUCCCUGCAAGGUCCAUUUAUCACUUAUAACUGACUGUACCAGACACCCAGAGUCCAGCAAUGGAUUUACUGCCUCAGCACCUCUAAGCAACGCAGGACUCCACAAGCGACGUGCCUUUCCUGGCUCAGCUGACGAGGUUUGCAUUGCUGCUUGUAUUUAUGGGCAUUUUUCUACGUGGCAGGAGCAACCCACAGCUGUGGGCAAGCUCAGGGGACAGGUUUUCCUGGCUGCAGGGGCCUGAGUACUGCCUGAUGUCUCAGGGAUUACUCAUUUUUUGGAUAGAGCUUUGGUCUCCAAAAAUCUAAGCUGCAAAUGCAGGACUACACCUCUGCUCUUCCAGCCGGCCCCGAGAUGGGGCUGGGCAGAGAGCAGGUCACCAAGGGGAGAUGCCUCCUCCUCCUCCUCGGGACCACCACAGCCCAAGUCGAGUCACAGCCCCUGCCAGUGUAAGAGGUUGGUUUUUUCAAAAAAAAUUUUUUUUUUUGGUAAAGAGAUAACCCUUCAAUAUGAAUCUACUACCUCUGCUGGCAAAGGAACUCGAAAUGAGUCGAAGUAUUUUUUUAAGGCUAUGAGACUUUUCUGCACUGAAGCAUAGAGAAACAAGUAGAUUUUAAGCUUAGAAAGAGCUGAAAGCUGUUUCCUUCUGUUGCCCUGCUUGUGCCUGGGCUGCGUUCCUGCUGUCACCGCUGAGCGUGCCACGGGACCCUCGACCCGGGAGGGCACACAGCGAGCAAAGACCAAGAGCUGCCAGCCAGUGACAGAUGCACACAGGCACCUCACGCACAAGCAACUCGCAGCCAACGGCUCCUAGGAAACCAUGCAACUCCGCAGCAGUUUCCUAGGAUUAGCCAGACCCUUCCUCGGUGCAAUGCCGACGCCAGACCCUCUCGUUCUGUCUGCUCACGUGGCGGGCCUCACCGCUCCAGGUCUGGGGAGCGCCUGCCCCGGCGGGACAGCGAGGGGGAAGGCAGAGGCAGCUCGCUGGCCACAGAAGCCAAGCGAGCGAAGCUCAAGACACACCGAGCGCUGUUUGGGGGUUACAGGCACCUCGUUACUGUAGAGUUGGGCGAUGGACCCAGUUUGACCCCUUAGAGGGUCAGACUCCGGCACCGGGCAGAGCCUGGGCGUUACGCUUCCCAGCACUCUCCAGGACUAAUCGGAAAUGCGUCUCGGCAUAGAAGGUUAAAGGUACACAAACCCAAAGUUAAUUUACAGCAAACGGUUUAUAACUGAGCCAAAGAAGAGCUAGAUAUACCCGUGGGAUGUUCAGCUCCACAGCUCUUCAGUCGGUUGGAUUUUUCCAGUGGGUCAUUUCCACGGUAGCGAGAGGAACGAGGCCGACUGCCCUCUCCUGCUGCCACGGGCGGUACCACGUGUGUGUGCGAGGGUGGGUGAGGGUGAGUGCGAGUGAGGGAAGGGACAAAAGCUACGCUUGAGCUUCACACGGUAACAGGCACCCUUCUAGUUGUAUAUUAAUUCAGUGUGGAAAAAGCCAAGCGUGUUUGUUACGACAUGCCUGUACUGCUGUACGAAGCUGCGUUACGUGUUUUGCUGUGUUCAGAUUGACAUGCUUCAAAAAAAAGAAGAAUAAAAGUCAGUGUGUUCCAA